CUUUAUUCCCUGGUCGACUGAUACGGGACCACCAUCGGAUAGACGGUGUGCGGGUUCUCCGUCCCGGUCUGAUAAGUUUAUUACGGAAAAAAAGAAAUUCCUCGAUUAACCCUCGACGCGUAAACUCGAUCGCUGUUCUAACAAUAACGGGACGCGUAUUAAAUUAACGCAAUUAUCGUUUAUCGUAAAGUCGUGCAGACCACCCCCUCUUAUUGGCGUAUAUAAUUAAUAAUACUUCGACCGAGACACCCGUGCGUAAUACAAACUGUGUAAUAUAUUGUAUUAUGCCAUGUAAUAUAAUGCAUUGUACAGUUUAUACGUAUAUAUAUGUGUAUAUAUAAUAUAUACGUACAUACAAAUGUAUGUAUACUGUAUGUCGUAUGAUAUUUGUGUAUAUAUAUAUAUGUAUACGUAUAUCGGCAGCCGGAGAGUUGAAUUAUAAAUCACAUGAAUAGUUAUGGCGUUCGGCAAGAUCGUUGAGACUGCGGUGGUAAGAAAAGUGAAUCGUCGUCGUCGUUUUUGUAAUUUUAAUCCAAACUCCAAACGAAGCGACAUCGCGAAACAAAGAUGAAGAGAGGCUGCACCCGCUGACAUGAUAAAGUGAACUAGAAGAUAACGUUUCGGGUGAAUUUAUAAUACUUUACUCACCCUUCAACCAAUCGACUCCUAGGACUUCCAAAUUUGAGAUAGAAUACUCAGGGUUAGAAGACGUUAGAGGCUGGCAGAGGAAAAUAUUGCCUAAUUCUGUUACAGCAGUAAUGCUAAGAGUGUGGAUGUGGGUAAGAAACCGUCAUCUUAACGAGAGGGAUGUCUGAAAGUGACGGAGAGCAGACAGCUAGGUCUGUGGCCUUGGAGCAAGCAUAUGUCCACGAAGUGUACGAGCAAUGCGCCGAGAAGACUGCCCAGAGUCGACACUGGCCUCGUAUAUAUCAAUUUCUUGAAGAGCUUGAGCCUGGGGCCCUUGUAUGUGACGUUGGUUGUGGCAACGGGAAGUAUUUGAGCGUCAAUCAGAGUAUAUUCAAAGUUGGGGCAGACAGGUGCAAACAUCUGACGGACAUUGCACGAGAAAAAGAAAAUGAGGUCUUGAUUUGUGACAAUCUGUCGUUACCUUUUCGCGAUGACAGCUUUGAUGCAGUUUUAUCCAUUGCUGUUGUUCAUCAUUUUGCGACAACUGAGCGGCGAAUUCACGCGCUUAAGGAAUUGGCAAGAGUAUUGCGAAUUGGAGGACGGUUGGUAAUAUCUGUCUGGGCUAUGGAACAGCGACACAGAAAGUUCGAGUCUCAAGAUGUGUUGAUUCCGUGGCCCAAAGCCUACUGUCUUAGCUCGUUUUCGAAUGGAGCUACAUAUUCGGGAAUUCCAUAUGCCGAUGAAAUACAACACAACCAGAUAGCCCCAAAGGAUUUUCUAACAUCCAAGAGAAAUAGUCGAAAAAAGUAUGGAACCAAAAGUUACUGGAUUGAUCCAGUGCUAAGCCCAUCUCCCUCAACCAGCAGUCUCUCUAGUCCAAAUGAAACAUGCUACAGUUUUGUGCGCAGAGCCUUACAGAAAUUGGCAGGAGGUAAGCGCAACUGCCCUGGAAGUCGUCCUUGGUUUUUGGAGACUUGGAGCCAAAGCGGAGGAAAAGUAAAACGGCACAUGCAACAGGAAUAUGAUAGCGGGGAUGUGGACGAUUUGCCAAUAGAAUUGCGCCGACUUGAGGACUUGAAUGCAACGCUCAACAAAUAUCCUGACACCCUGAGUGUCAAGUCAAAAAGCCUUGGUGAUAUUCUGGAAAUACAACGACUCAACCUAGUGAGAUCACGCUCUAGUAUACCUGGUCUCUGCUCUACGUUAACAUCUGAUUCGUUCUUAAAUGAAACGGCCGAAACUCCACCCCUUACCAAUGCAAAGCCUAAGCUUGUGAAGCAAAAGUCUCAUUUCAUAGAAGAUGUAUGUGUAGAAAUUUCUGAAAACACUGCCAUUCAAGAACUCAUUAAGGACCUUCCAGAUUUUCAGACUGUACAAAGGUUCCCUCUAAAACGUGGAAAUGUACAGAAACAGAGCUCUCUGAACGAGGAGUUGAUGUCUAUUGAUCGACUGAAGGAAAAGGAAAAAGUGCGAAGGAACAUAAUGAAGCAAGCUUCGCUAAACGAGGAGAUAAUAUGUAACCGAAAAGCAUUCGAAGCAUUCAAGGAUUCACUUUAUUCUACGAAUGCUACAAAACGAUUCCAACUGUUGAAAAGUGGCCUUACAAAUAGAAUAAAACAGUCAACCACGAAUAUAGAAAAGGUGUCUGGUAUGUCAAUUAAAAACGGAUUUGUCAAAAUGCUCCAAGGUUGGACAUCUGCUGAAAACGAAGAUGAAACAAGCUGCAGUACGAUGAUGCCCUGUGAGCCGGUGUCGUCGAAAUUGAAACCCGCAGAGAAAGUUACGACGAUAAUAAAAAAAGAUGCGGAAAUAGUCGAGAGACGAUUAUCGCGCGAAGAUGGAUCAGAUUCAUCCAAGGACAGUAGUUUGCAAAGUGACACUAGUGUUGAUUCGGAAGACAGUUUUGCUUCGGUUAUUUACGUGCCAAAACACGACUUGUCAUCCAUUAUUGAUGCAAUCUCAGCAACUCCUGGUUGUCAGUUAAGCGCUAUGUCUGCUCCGCCUUCACCGCGAGUGAAACACCCUCCUGAUUUAAUGGGACCAAGAUUGAAACUGAUUCCGAUAUCACCGCUGCUUAAACAAUUUCCUGCCACCAGCAAGUCGUUACCACCGACAAGCCCACCUGGACUAUCUCCUCGUACGCUAAACUCAAUACCACCUAGGAAAUUUUUUAGCGCUUUUUCUAGUAGUCAUCAAACUUCUAUAUUUGAUAAACUGAUUUCUGCUGAUGAGACCGACUUCAAUUCUAGCAAUCAACAGAAAAUUACCGAUUCUCAAAGUUCGGAGCUACUUGAUCCACCCAGUGUUUGUACGGAUUCUACAAUAGAAAAACACAGCCCUACAAAGCAAGUAUCACCGACUCAAGUAGAGAACGAGCCAAUGUCGCAAGCAACAAACACUGAGAAUGUCGUAUCAUUGGACGAAGCCCCUCUGAUCCCAGUACCCGAGGAAGUCUCGAUGCCACGAGCUAAGAUGUUAACUGAGAAAUCCAGUACAGAAUCUAUCAACGAGGAAGAAAGUCGUAAAUCGAGAUUGAAUCAAAUAAAGGAACUCCUCAAACAGAAACCAGGCUUUGCGACUAGAUGUGCCAAGCCGUCGUUCCCAUUGGUCCGACGUGCCUCAGCGGCUGCUCCUGGUCGCUUAGAAACAGUUACUAGGCCUUUGCCGAGACUCUUGUCUUUAGAACUAUUCAAUCCGGAAACAGAUGAUUUGGAUAGCGACUCAAGUGGGGUAUCGUCCCCUGAAUCUGUCGGUUCUGUAAUCAGCGUGAUAUCGGACGAGCGUUUCACGACAGUUAAAGAUAACGUUAAAUUGGAUGGCAAUGGACAAGAGAUGUCGCAAAAUCCAAACGAAAGGCGCCCAUCUUUGGUGGUAAGGCAUUCCGAAUUUAGUCAUUUAGAUAACAACAGCGCGUACGAAUUAUUGACUCCCAGAAGCCUAAGUGAAUCGUCGACGGAAGUGUCAUUAGCAUCGUCGCAAUCAAUUAGACUUUUGGAAGCAGCAGCCAUCGUUGCCAGUUCUCUUGAGGAUGCUGUGGAAACAGCAAUCCAAGUGAAACCGCACAGUGACAUGUACUCAUCAAAAGCACAAAAAUAUACAACUUUGGAUGAUUCAUUGAAGUUUCCAAAUUCGUGGAGAAGUGAUGGUGCCUCUCCCUCGGAGCUACAAGAGUUAUUGGAUGACUCAAAACCGAAUUCUUUUUUGCCGGAGACAAAGACAUGGGACGAAGAAUGCCGACAACAGUUGAUCGACUUUACGGAAAAAUUGAAUGAAAACCUCAUCUAUGACAUUGAUAAAUAUAGCCAAAAAACUGAACUGGAAUUCAGCCAGGAUUCAAAACCGAAACGGAUCGACUUGGAUGUGUGUGUGGCGAACUUGGAACCUAAAGUCGUUAAUUCUUUUAUAAUCGACUCGUAUAUACCUCGAUACAAACAGCUGUCAGGCAACGAAAAAUUGGCAACUUGUAAAUAUAGCGAACUAGUAGACACCAAUGCCUGGUUAAAUAAAUGUACAAACGAUAUGGAGAUUUCAAAAACUGACAAUAAGCCAAGCGAUAAUUUGCUUGGGCUAGAAUGCUCAAACGCAGACAUAAGUAGUAAAAGUGUAAUUAAUAAUGUACUCAUUGAGAGAGGAAAUGCCGAGGAUAUCAUGGAUUUUGUUUUGGUUUCAAAUAAUGGAGAAUAUACCGUUCGAGAGAAGAAUGAAAUUAAAGAUACAUGCACGGGACAAGGUGUUCCUGAAAUACAGUCCCAGGGUGGCGCUACGAGAUUUAUCGAAGAAAUUGAAGAAAAGGCACGUAUAAGAUUCGGAAAUUCGAUCGAGUCAAGCGACAUCGGAGAUUCCAUAGAAAACACUACCAGUCUUAGCGAUUUCAGUCAAACCGAAUCAUUUCGAGAAUCCGUAGCAAUGGAAAAAACUCACAAUGGUAGUUCAGCAUCUCUCGGAUCUUGUAAUACCGAGUGUAAAAGUAAAAAUGCCAAGAGCAAACUUCAGUCCGAAGUACGUUCAGCUUCAGAAGAGAUUAGCUCCCGUCCUCCGAUGGUUAGGCAACAGGCGUCUGUUAAUUCUGAAUGUAUAUUAUCUGCAACUAGCAAUGGAACUUUAACAGGUUCAUCUUCGCAAGAGUCAUUGCCAUCUGAUCAUGGAGGCGGAGCCAUAACGUAUCACCAGUACUAUCAUGUUUUCAGAGAAGGAGAGUUGGACCAACUAAUUAAUAAAUAUGUUGAAAAUUUACAUAUUAUUUCGUCCUACUACGACCACGCGAGUUGGUGCAUAGUUGCAGAGAAAGUGCAAGUCUGGACUAUAUGACUCACCGCUACUUGCCAAUAUCAAAUUUCCAAUUUUAUAUAUUUUCCUGCUUUUUUAAGCUGUUCUUCUCAUAAUAAUUACCUAUUACAAUGGCUUGUAAAUAUGUAAAAUAUAAUGUUUCUGAACUAAGCGCACAGGCUGGUAGAUGAUUUGUAUAGUAAAUAACACUUUUAGUUAUAGAUAUUUAUAUUAUUUAAAUGCUUGAUCAAUGUUGAAAUUUUUUUUUUUUUCUUCUACGUUAACAAAUAUCGAAACGCCGAUAUUCUUUGCGCGUCAUUAAUUUAUUAUGUAUUUCACCCUUCAUCAUUUCGAACUGAUAUUAGCAACGUGAUAGAAACAUACCUUCGAAAAGUUCUUGCCUGCUAAUUGAAAUAAACGGAAUAUAAUCUGAGGAAUCAGGUGCAGUAAUUGAAAAAAGGAACAAUUUUUGAAUUAUUCAUAAUGCAGAAAUGACCUUCAGUUUUUGUUUCGAUAUUUUUACAGUAUAUUUUUUUGCAGAAUGAAAGACUCGUGUUCCAUGGUAAUGCAGUACAUACUGUAAGCAGAACUUAUAGAACGAACGCCUAAAUAAUGUUAUAAGAAUGCUACGAGUCUUGUUAUCUACAUUCGAUUGUUGACUUCUAUUUGAAGAGCUCUAAACUACCUAAGAACAUAAGUAACAAAAAACCGUUUCACCCUGUAAAUAAAUAUCCCUGUUCAUGAACUUAGACAAUUUGUGAGAUUAAUCUAUUAAUGUUGUUUUACGUAAGCAUCCGUCUAGCAAUUGUCCGAAUAUACGAACUCCAUCAAAUUUACAAAAAUCACUAACAAUGAUAAUUAAAUUUAAAAAAAUAUAUCCAUUAAAAAUAGUAAUAAUAAUAAUAUUGAUAAAAAGUGGAAAUGCUACUACUGUUAAAACACAAUAUCACGGUUUGUUGUACUCAAUCUAGAUCUCGCUACAUAAAAAUAACAAAACAAUAUGAUCGUAUGUUUGUGAGAUUUUCAUAAUUAAUUCUCUGUACUGUCAAUGAUUUCACAAUAAUGCAAAAAUUGUAUAACUGAUCAUCUUUCAUAAUGUCUUACCUGCUUUGUUCCUUAUCAUGAAAAUCUAAUCUCACUAAGAAAUCACACGAAGUAGAAGACAGACGAAAUCGGAUAUUGUUCAAAAUGAAAAGUAGAUCUACAUAGAUUGAUCAAUCGAUGUGAUUUCAGAUACAGUGUGCUCAGCGGAAUACCUUUUGUGUGAUUACCAUUUUCUUUUAAAUGACACUGAAUCAGUUGCAGUAUUAAGCCUCGGGUGAUAUCGAUAAGCUAACUUGCACAACAUUGUCAUCUAUCAAAUACUUCAGACGAAUUGGCUUGUGUUUGAAUAGAUGGUUUGGCAUUCAAUCUGUAUUUAUUUAGUUCUUGAGCUUCAUAGGGCAGGAUGCCAUCAUAACAGUGCAGAAAUGGUAACUUCUUUUGCGGCAAGGAACAUGCUAAUCCAAGGAGGAUCUUCAUCUCGUAAACCCAUAAGGUUUCAAAAAAAUAAUUCCUUGUCUUCCAAAGGUUAAAUAAGUGAAUACAGUAAUGAACUUUGUGUUACUUCUCUAUCUUAAUUAUUUAUUAAUUUUUUUUUCACUUAAUUUAAUAAUAAAACACUAUGUGAAAACGCAGAAUUAACAAACUAAUAUUAUUUUAUGUUCUAGCUAUAACCAAACUGAUGUGGAAAUUGUUUUUUGCACAUUUCACUAACGAACACAAAAGUAUUCGUACAGUAUAAUACACAUGUCAUACUUUUGUAAUCAAAGUAUUGAUUUAAAAAAUGUUAAUAAUUGUACAGAUUUCAACAGUGUGCAAUUUAUUUUUCUCAAAACGCCUGAUGAACUGAAAUGGCACACAUGGUAUCUCAUCGAUAACAGUAGCAUUGCGAGUAGUGGAAUGCGUAGUCAUACUACUUCAUUAGCAAAUUUAAAAGUUCUCGAAUUAUUUAAGUUCAGGUUGCGUUGUCUUAUUAACGCAAAGGCAUUUUAUUUAAUUAUUUAGACAGUAUAAAUAAUGAUAAACAUCAAUGUAGGUACAUACAUGUGCAUAUUUUUUAUGGUAAUCUUGAUAUCAGUGAACAGGAGAGUAAAAAGUGAAGGCUGCUUUUUACAAUGAGAAAAAAAAUGUACUGACGGAGCUUAUUCUUAUGUUUUUCC